AUGUUAAACUUCCAAGUUGUGAGCAGUCGUUUCGGCUAUCCCAAUAUGAGUAUGGCAUCAACAUCACCCUAUGAGACGGCACCUCCGUUCUAUGUCGGUGGCGACGGAGUCCCCUGGCCCAUGGAGACUCCCGGUGACAUUUGUCCUCCACCAGCACCGUUUGCCUUUAAUCACAUGCCACCCGCCGCCCUCUCCUGUUCUUCCUCAUCCUCCUCCUCCUCUUCCUCCGCGGCCGCCUCCUCCCAUCAGACCAUCGGGGCGGGCCUCAUCAAACGCAAAUCCAAACGCAGUCCCGUCUCCAAGCUCAUGACCUUGAAAAACAGCCCCCGAACCAAUCGCGCUGCAGCACCACCCUCCGCCGGUGCAGCGGCGGCUGCAGCAGCGGCUGCAGCAGUCGCUGCAGCCUCCGCACUGACUACCGUGAUCCGAGAUUGUGCUUCCGCAGGUUCGCAUUCCUCCCUUUCGGCCGGUAAUCCCUCCUCUAUUGGCGGCGAUGAUGUGAGCCCCGGGGACUCCAAUGAGGUCACAAAGAAGUGCAAGGUCUGCGGAGACCGAGCGGUGAACCACAAUUUUGGCCAGCUCACCUGCGAGUCCUGCAAGGCCUUCUUCCGCCGUAAUGCGCACAAGGUCAGCCUCUUUUAG